GUUUACAGACUUUGUCUAAACUGGUGGUCUCCGUCCUCAGAUGUGGCUGCUGUCUCCGUGUGUCCUCCUGUGGCCCUGCACUCGGGCGUGGGACUCCUGUGUCGGCUGUUUGAGCUGUGGGGGCAGGAACCGGCCGGUGUCCUCGCUCUGACAGAGUGGCUGCUGGGAGAGGAAGAGGAGGGCGAUGAUGAGGCGGUUGCAGACGAAGCUUCCAGUCUGGACGAAGAGGACUUCCUGUUUGAAAAGGGGGAUCUGAACCUGUGGGCCGAGCCGGUCCAGUGGGUGAAGCUGCUUCGCGGACACCUCGACUCCCUCAUCCUGACCUUCAAGCAGACCCAGGUCUCGGGAAUCUCAGGGCCGGACCAGCUCCACCAAAUCCGUGCGCUGUCAACUCGGGCCCGAGCCAAGGCGCUCGGCUCCCAGCAGGCCCUGGACUCGCUCCCCGCCCUGCCCCAGUUCUCCUGCACCAUGGAGCACGCCCGGCUGGUGCUGCGGCGCCAGAGGGCCGCUCUGGCUCUGGAAGUGCUGGAGAGGCUGAGGUAGAGGAGUCAGCAGGCUCCAAUAGCACCGAGGGUUUCUGAUAUUAAAGCUUCUGUUUCUUUCAGAACGCUGUCGCGGGGGGGGGGGCUGGUUUGGUCCAAUCUGUUCACAAAUUGGCAAUAAAAGGUGAUUAAUACAUAAAAAUAAUAAAGGAAUCUUACAUAUGGAUCCUUUAAAAUAAAGAAAGAAAUAAAAUAACUUCCAUGAACGAACGUAUGAGACCACAGACCGGCUUUGUGGUCAACUCUUUUAUUAUAAAACCAAAGGAACGAAGGAAACAAUCUGGUUUUUCUUUUUUACUGUACGUGUCUCUGACUUACAUUGAUUAAAAGAUGUUUUUAAUUAAAUAUGUCUGAAA